CAGCAUGCAGAAGGUGACGUCACCAAAGGAAGUAGCUCCUUGGUGCGAGACCUAAAAGUCCCGGAGAUGAAACAAGACACAGUUACCGAAAGCACGAAACAAACAUGGCUGCGGCCAGAAGUACCAGUGAUUCUGUCCCUCAUUCCGAUGCUACUGGAGCCGAAAGUUUCCGUUUCGGGAUUUCUGGAAGCACGCCGGCAGGCAAAGCGUCCGAAAAACAAGAAAAUGCCGGCGAUCAGAAAGUGAAGCCUUGCAGGGCAUGUAUGGAUUUCAAAUCUUGGAUGAAAAUGCAGAAGAAACAAACGUCCAUGCAGCAGGGGGACCGUGACGUAGAAGAUCGCGAAAGGACAGCCGAGUGUCCGCUGGAUAGAGAGGAGCUUGGCAGGAAUACGUGGUCUUUCCUUCACACUACGGCCGCUUAUUACCCCGACAAACCCAGCGACAGCCAGCAGCAAGAUAUGAAGCAAUUCAUCAACCUUUUCUCCAAAUUCUUUCCCUGCGACGAGUGUGCACAAGACUUAAGAUCGAGACUGCAAACGAAUGAACCAGAUGUAAGUAGUCGGCACGAUUUUUCUCAGUGGAUGUGUCGUCUCCACAAUGGCAUCAAUCUUCGACUUGGCAAGCCGGAGUUCGACUGUUCCAAAGUUGAUGAACGAUGGCGAGACGGCUGGAAAGAUGGUUCGUGUGAUUGAUGUCUCGAAACAGCGGUCCUGCUGAACAGCCGACGGCCAUGCAGUUUUCCAUCUGAAGAUCGGUUAGUGAGGAAGUACGGUAUCAAAUUUGCACAAACAUCAUCGUGUUGUCAAUGUGAAAAUCACAUUGUUAAAUAUGUGUGUAUAUUGUAUGUGAUGAAAUGGUAUUGGCGUGUCAAUGAAACCAACGAAAUAUAUUUUGGUUGGAGAAAAAUAAACGUCAAGUUUCAAUUUCCGUAUUGAAA